CCCCGGCCCCGCGGGGCCUCCCGCCCCCACCCAGGGGGCGUCGCCGCCGCCGUCGCCGCGGCGCUCCGCGGCCCGCAAGGCGCCCUCCUUCCCUCCCUCCCGCCGGCCGGGGUGCGCGGGCGGCGGGGCGGCCCGCGGGCCAUGCGUUCGGCGCGGCCCAGCCCGGCCGGCCGGGGGCGGCGCCCCGAGCCCGGGCCCCGCGCGGCCCGCGCACCCGGCCCCCGCUGAGCCCUGGGGCCCCCGCUGUGGCCGAGGCCAUGUUCCCCGUGUUCCCUUGCACGCUGCUGGCCCCCCCCUUCCCCGUGCUGGGCCUGGACUCCCGGGGGGUGGGCGGCCUCAUGAACUCCUUCCCGCCACCUCAGGGUCACGCCCAGAACCCCCUGCAGGUCGGGGCUGAGCUCCAGUCCCGCUUCUUUGCCUCCCAGGGCUGCGCCCAGAGUCCAUUCCAGGCCGCACCGGCGCCCCCACCCACGCCCCAGGCCCCGACGGCCGAGCCCCUCCAGGUGGACUUGCUCCCGGUUCUCGCCGCUGCCCAAGAGUCCGCCGCCGCUGCUGCGGCCGCCGCCGCCGCCGCUGCUGCCGUCGCUGCUGCGCCCCCGACCCCAGCCGCCGCCUCCACAGUGGACACAGCGGCCCUUAAACAGCCGCCGGCGCCCCCUCCGCCACCGCCGCCUGUGUCGGCGCCCGCUGCGGAGGCCGCACCCCCCGCCUCUGCCGCCACCAUCGCCGCAGCAGCGGCCACCGCCGUCGUAGCCCCAACAUCGACGGUCGCCGUGGCCCCUGUCGCGACUGCCUUGGAGAAGAAGACAAAGAGCAAGGGGCCGUAUAUCUGUGCUCUGUGCGCCAAGGAGUUCAAGAACGGCUAUAACCUUCGGAGGCACGAAGCCAUCCACACGGGAGCCAAGGCCGGCCGAGUCCCCUCGGGUGCUAUGAAGAUGCCCACCAUGGUGCCCCUGAGCCUUCUGAGCGUGCCCCAGCUGAGCGGGGCCGGCGGGGGAGGGGGAGAGGCGGGUGCCGGCGGUGGCGCGGCCGCAGUGGCAGCUGGUGGCGUGGUGACCACGACUGCCUCGGGAAAGCGCAUCCGGAAGAACCACGCCUGCGAGAUGUGCGGCAAGGCCUUCCGCGACGUCUACCACCUGAACCGACACAAGCUGUCGCACUCGGACGAGAAGCCCUACCAGUGCCCUGUGUGCCAGCAGCGCUUCAAGCGCAAGGACCGCAUGAGCUACCACGUGCGCUCACAUGACGGCGCUGUGCACAAGCCCUACAACUGCUCCCACUGUGGCAAGAGCUUCUCCCGGCCGGAUCACCUCAACAGUCACGUCAGACAAGUGCACUCAACAGAACGGCCCUUCAAAUGUGAGAAAUGUGAGGCAGCUUUUGCUACGAAGGAUCGACUCCGGGCGCACACUGUACGACACGAGGAGAAGGUGCCAUGUCAUGUGUGUGGCAAGAUGCUCAGCUCGGCUUAUAUUUCGGACCACAUGAAGGUGCACAGCCAGGGCCCUCACCAUGUCUGUGAGCUCUGCAACAAAGGUACUGGUGAGGUUUGUCCAAUGGCGGCGGCGGCAGCAGCAGCAGCAGCAGCAGCAGUGGCAGCCCCUCCCACAGCUGUGGGGUCCCUCUCUGGGGCUGAGGGGGUGCCUGUGAGCUCUCAGCCACUUCCCUCCCAGCCCUGGUGAGCUCCAAGUUGGUAGGGAGAGGGGAGAGUGCAGGAAAGUCCUUUGGUACAGUCUCCUCUUCCCCUACUUUUCUCACCGACUCCUUACUACUUCUCCCACCAACCAAGGAGCCUCCAAAACUAAAGGAGGAAGAAAUAUUUCCUUAGGGGAAUUCACUAGGUUUUAACGAUUUGUUUCUCUUGCUCCUCUUUUCUUCCUAUCAGACCUGACCCUACACACACCUAAUCCCCUCGGUUGUGUUGAAGUCCCCUGGACAGUGGCAGGGGUGGCAGAGGACAGGAGUAACCACUGCCCUUACCCCUUCUCCUCUCUGUAACCCCAGCCCUGUCCUCCUAGGGAUUUGUGAGCCUUUCCCUCGAUGGUCCCCUUAUCCUCUUUCAGGCUUUCCCCCACUGUCUGCUGCCCCACCCUGGGGAGUUGGUGCUUUCUUUUUCUUUCUUUCUUUCUUUUUUUUUCUUUUCAGGGGGAGGGAGGAGAGGAAGGAGGGGAAUCAAAGACUCUGUCCUAGAGAGGGAAGGAGGUGAGGUGAGGUGAGAUUUGAGACCGACAGAAGCAGGGGAGGCAGAAGCUGUACCUUCUUUAAGGUGGGGUUGUUUGGGUGAAGCCCUAAACAUCCUGCUUGAGAAUUGGUGGGGGGAGGGGGAAGGGGAGCAAAGGAAGGAGCCAGGAGGGGCCAGAGGCAGAACAAGAGAUGGAAUCUUAGGGGGCCAGGGGAAUGAAAGGAUCCAGGGACUAGAGGUGCUUCCCGGGGUUGGGGGGAAUACAGCCACAGUGUCUCCCCCUUCCCUCUUCCACCCCAGCUCCAGCCCUGGUCUUUUCUUUUCAUCCCUCUUCCCCACGGCAGAAGCUCUGGCCCUGGCCAUGUCAUCGUGUUCCUGUGUCCCCUGCAUGUUCCCCACCCUCCUUCCCCUCCUUUUGCGCGGACCCCAUUACAAUAAAUUUUAAAUGAAACCUG